GGCGCGCGCCACUCCGACCCCACCCAGAUCCAGAGCAAGACUGCGAAGAACAGCUUUGUGUCUGCACAGCUUCGGUCUGCGAGGAAGGAGCCAAGUGGUGGGAAACAAAGCCUCUUGGCUACCCCAGCUCCACACGCCAAGGCAGGCUCGCGCCCUGGGCCCGGGUGGUGAUGGAUUUGCAGAGGUGCCAGUCUUUGCUUCUGUUCUUGCUGCUGACCCUCCUGGGGCUAGGGAUUGUACAGCCCUCCUAUGGCCAGGAUCGCAUGUACCAGCGGUUCCUGCGACAGCACGUGCACCCUCAGGAGACAGGUGGCAAUGAUAGCUACUGCAACCUGAUGAUGCAGAGACGGAAGAUGACCACCUAUCAGUGCAAGCGCUUCAACACCUUUAUCCAUGAAGACAUCUGGAACAUUCGUAGUAUCUGCAGCACCACCAAUAUCCAGUGCAAGAAUGGCAGGAUGAACUGUCAUGAGGGAGUAGUGAAGGUCACAGACUGCAGGGAGACAGGGAGUUCCAGGGCACCCAACUGCAGAUACCGAGCCAAGGCGAGCACAAGGCGAGUGGUCAUAGCCUGUGAGGGAAACCCAGAGAUGCCAGUGCACUUUGAUGGAUAGAGGCAUUGUGGAGGGAUUACGGCCAGUGGUUGGCCUUUGAAUAAGUCUGAGAUAGUAAUGAGUAAUGCAUUUGAGAGGUCUCAGGCUUUGGCUUCCUCUGCUCAUUUCUUAUGUCUUUCUCCAUAUAACUCAUUCUAUUAAAUAUAUUACACCCAAAGAUGGAGACAUAAAUCAAUAAUGAAUAGGUUUUUCUACAAUAAGCUGCUUCUCAUACUGAUCAGCUUAGCACUCUCAGAUCCUGUCCUCUGGAAUGUAGUCACUAUAUGUGUUUAUAAGUAUCUGAACCAUUUCUAAGGGCUUUUAUCCAAGCUUUUUCAUUUUAAUAUCCCAGCACUUUGACGAGUCUAUUACAUAUAAAGAGAUUUGCUGAAGGCCAUGGUAGAAGACCUGAGACUAAACCCAGUUCGCCGGUUACCCUGUAGAGCUUUCUCCCCUCACCACCAGUUCACUGGUUACACUAAAGAGCUUUCUCUCCUCACCACCAGUUUGCCAAUUAUCCUAUAGAGCUUUCUCCCCUCACCACCAGUUCUUUGGAAGUACCUGCUUUUUUGUUAUGCUAAAAAUGCCAGCCAUUGAAGGAAACCAUUUGGAAAUAGCAGAGUGGCAAACUUAGAGCUCUAACAUUAUUGUUAUACUUAUGUCUGAUAAGAUGAAGAAAAGAAAUUUUCUUUGCUUUCUGAACUUUUGAAUCACCCUAGUAAGUCAGGGUGAUAAAAAUGUACUAGAUCUUAAGAAUUCACUUACUUUUCCUGACUGAAAGAUUUUUCAUGUUUUUCCUUACAAUAAAGGACUUAUCAGCAGAAA